AUGGUUGAAGAAGCCAAGCCAGAGAUCGGCGUGGACGAGCUUCGCGAUCAAUUGGAUGCGCUGUGGGAGAAGCACCUGACUCUGCUCGACUCAUACCACCAAGCGCAGCAACAAUUGGCCCGUCAUUUCUCAUCAGGUUUCUUCGACCUCGCUCAAGCAACUUUCAAAUCCACCACUCGUGUUCGCUAUGGACAAGAAUAUUAUGACGACCGUAUGCAAGCCACUCGCCGCUUCGAAGCUUCCACCAACGACAACGAUGUGCCCUGCCUCGCCUUGAAGGCUGAUGACACCUCACCAUCUACCGACACUUCGAACGAGCACUCGACCAAAUCUGGUGAGAAGUCAUCCGAUAAGGAAGCAAAGGGAAAGAAACCGGAUCAACCGGAACAGCAACAGCCAACACCACCCUCAACUCCGCCUCGAGACACAGAAGAAGAGAAGCUCUCGGAAGAACAAGACAAAUCAAAGACAACAAGCCAUCAGGACAAGGCACAACAGAAACCUCGUGAUCCCCUUCACUGGUACGGUAUCUUGGUUCCUCCUGCCUUGAGAGCUUCGCAAAAGUCCUUCAUCUCUGCUAUCGAGAGUCCGCUCAUUGAGGCCGCCAAUUCUGCACAAGCACUCCGUCUCGUCGCUGUCGAAAUUCGCAAAUUGAGGAAGGAUAUCAAGAAGGCUGAAAGACGUUUGGUAUAA